UGCUUCGACUCCAAUCAUGGAGCAAUGUUAGCAGCUGUGAGCAAUAGUUGACAUUACUGAUCAAACGGUCAUUUAUUUCUCUCGGGACUGCGUUUUCUUUAGGCCAGUCCGGAUUACCAACCCUUAAUAAUCUACAUGGAGCAGCGGUCGUCAGUGUGGCUAUAUCAGGCGCGCGGGUGUAUUUUUGUGCUCAUAUGCUAAGCAUGGACAACACACCGUAAUGAGCCGACCAAUUUGCGCUGAAACUACACGGGAAGGCCAAGGCGUUGAGAACGGGCCGCAGAGCGUCAGGCCGUCUGUACCACUGUGGCACCCUGAGAGCCUUGAUACACAAAGUCGAACUCAAGACACCCCAAGCAUCUCCUAGACCUGCACUGCUGGGGCCACUCUCUCGCUCUCUAAUAGAAAGCUUCACAUCUAAUGAUGAAUACUGUCAAAGGUGAUGCAGUUACCUGGCGACCACAGCCAUGGAAGGAUGCUGAUAGAGGUGGUGGAGAACCUCUCUCAGAUAGCGACUCAGAGGAAGAAGAUUUUCCUGAUGACUACUCGACUCCUUUGGGGGAGUAUGUAACUCAGGGGUUAAAACAGCUGCUUGAUGCUCAGCAGUUGUGUGAUGUCACUCUUGUGGUGGAGGGAAAAAAGUUUAUGUGUCACAGAGUUCUUUUAGCAGCAGUCAGUCCAUAUUUCCGUGCCAUGUUUACCAGCCCUCUCGUAGAGUCUCGUCUUACUGAGAUCCGACUGGAGGAGGUGACACCUUCUGUUAUGGAGACCGUUAUCCACUUUGUUUAUACAGGGGAAGCAGGUCUUAGUCUCGACACAGCAGAGGAUCUGUUUGUAGCAGCCAAUCGUCUUCAAGUGAUGCCCUUGCAGGACCUUUGCUCUAGAUUCCUUUUUGAGCACCUGUCUGUGGAGAAUUGCCUGGGCAUGUACUCUCUGGCUCGUUCACAUCAUGACCAGCUGCUUCUUCGGGCUUCUUUGAGGCUGGUAGGCCAGCAUUUUCCUCGAGUGGCCCGGCAGCGAGACUUCCUCCUGUUGGACCCAGGAACUCUUGGCAGCUUGUUGGAGUCGGAUCGAUUGGGUGUGGAGUCUGAGACUGAAGUUUACAAUGCAGCAAGGCGCUGGGCAGAAUACCAGCCGGCUGAUCGUUACAUUCACAUGCCCAAUUUGUUACGCCAUUUACGCCCUGGUCUUUUCGGCCCUGAAGAGAGCCACCGAAUGAACCAAGAACUUGGACUUGGAGCCAGUACCGAGGGCAUGGGAGGACCGCUGAGGCCUAGAGAAGGUAUGUUUGAGAAGAAAAUAGUCUGUGUAGACCUUAAGCCAAGAGAGGAUGAGUCUUUACAGAAAAGGGACUUCACGGUGGAUUGCUUCGACCCUCGUACAGGGAAGUGGGAGAAGCUGGCAGCCUUGGGCUCAUUGCUUUGUCCUGGCUGCACUGCAGUCGGAGGUCGACUGUUUGUGGCGGGAGGCAUCCUGCGGAGUGGCGAGGUCUCCUCUGCACUUCAUGAGUACGAUGUCGUGCUAAACCGCUGGAUCGUGCAGCCAUUGAUGGCUGAACCACGUGCGAUGUUGGGUCUUCUUGGCUGCGGAGGUUUUUUAUACGCUCUCGGUGGCUGUAACCGAGCAGCAUUUCUGGACACAUCUGAAAAAUUUGACCUUAACACGCUGACCUGGGCAUCAGGACCUCGUUUGCCAUUGCCAUUACGUUCUUUUGCUUGCUCUGCCCUCCGCUGUCGUCUCUACUUGCUUGGCGGUACCACACUGGAGCAGAGCAGGGCUGUGGUGCAUGCUGGCGUGCUUAUAUACCACACAGUUACAAAUACCUGGAGCCGUGUCACCCUUGAUUCUGGCGCCACCUGCCUGGCUGGAGGCAUAGCAGUACGUGGCGGCGUUUGUGCCAUUGGUGGUUACUUGCGUGAUGCCGCCAAGUUCCUCAAUGGCAACUACACCCAGGCAGAACCACUAGAUGCCACAGGACGAGUGUUGUUCUUCCGAGAAGGACGGGGAUCAGGAUUAGAGCGGGAGGUGGCGGUUGGAGUUGAGCGAGGGGGAGGCGGUAGUGACCGUGCGCCUAGUCCGGUGGUUUUUCCAGGUCUGCCAAGGAGGAUUGCUGCCGGAGGUGUGGCUAGAUGGAAACGCAGGAUAUAUGUAUUGGGUGGUGAGAAUGGAUCGAGAUUUUAUGACAGCGUCUACUGCUGGAAACCUGGCUGGCGAAGUUGGGUCCAAAGACGGGAGAAAUUACCUGGGGAUACAGGAGGAGUUAGCCAGUUUGGAUGUACCACCCUUAAGUUCCCCAAAAAACACAUUUUAGCACGUCUUCGGGCUGCUCAACAGAAACGUGGGAAGGAGAAACGACCGACCCGGUCGUGCAGAGUCAUGCGAAUCGACAGGACAAAUCAGAAAGUGUGAUUUUCAAUUAGACAUAUGAGCAUUUUGGAAACAUUUAUGCACCUACAUUUACAUCUUUACUCUUGGUUGAUGUCUAGAUGUUUUGAAUUUCAUUCUUUCAUUUCUGCAAGCUGAACGCAGGUUUUUCUUUGCGAAGUAUUGACAGAAAGUAUAUGUAACAUUUGGAUAUGGUUUCAGAAUGUUUUGCUCUUAAUAAUGAUAAUUGUUCAUAGAUGCCCAAAUUUGAUCUUAUAAAUGGUAUCAUCUUGGAGAAUGACAAAAUGUUUGAGUCGCAGCAAAAAAACAGGCUAUACAUAUGUUUGACUCUGAGUAAAAUGUCAUUGUUGUUUAUUUGAACCUUUUGGUUUAAAGUUAUUGCUUUGAGGCUGAAUGUAGUUUACACACAUUAGAACAUCUAGAUUCCUACCAUAACAACAGUUGUUACUACUGUAAAGUCAUAACAGCUUCAUAUGGGAUCUAAACAGUGUAAGCUUCAAGUCUUUAUUUUAUUUUUUUUGUUUCAUUUUUGAUGACUGUGUGGUCAAAUUACAUUUAUGUUAAACAGCUGUUAAGCAACAUCAUGAGAUUCUUCCAGGGUUUCCAUCAACCAGCAUUUUUAUGCCAUAUCCCAAAAUUUGCAUGAAAAAUUCUGGAUGGAAAAACCAUUGUGAAUAAAAUUUGCAUAAUGUGCUUAAUAAAUGUAUACACUUCGCUUGAGGUGGAUGAUUUUAAAUUUUUUUUAGAACACAUGCACAUAAACUAUGAUGGAAAUACAUUUCCAGAUUAAAUUGUUAGAUGUGCAUUCAAAAGACAUGUCUUUGUCUCGAAAUCAUAUGACUGAAUCAUUUGCUUAGAGAAGGAAAAAAACAUGUUUCUCUGGCCAUUCUGAAAUUUUACAUUGUAGGCGAUUGCUAGCAUAUGAAGUUUGUAAGAAUGUUUUAUCUGUGCACUCAACCACAAGACAUGUAUUACAUUUAAUAAAGGAGUGGCUUCUAUUGGCUACAGUUUCCAUUUUUUAAUUAUUUUUAUUUCUUUUGAACAAAUGGUCUGAAGACAGUGUUUUAUUUGCAAAUUGUUUUUGCUUUAUAUUUUGUUUCAUGAAAUGCAGUCUUAACUAAGAUGAAGACCCAGAUGAUAAACACUGAUGAACAACAUUAUGUAAUUCUAAAGGAUGUGGCUAUUCAGAUUUCAUGUGUUGCAAACUCUACUGUAUUUUAAAUCACCUUAA